ACGCCUACGGGCUGUCCGCAAGGAAGAAGCAGAAAUCAAGUGUUGGAAAUGCCUCUUGCUGCGGUCGAACUAGACGCUGCAGAUACGAGGCGUCGCUCGCAAUGUGUUAGCACCGUGUCCUGAAGUCAACGAGCUCAAUGCGGGUAUAUAUAUCCCCUUCCUCCACUCGACAUUCAUCUACUCAUCCAUCCACCUCCUCUGCACUCGCUACACCACAUCCAUCCCGAGCCAACAUCAGACGCCUCUUCCAAUCAUGAAGCUCUCCACCCUCUUGGCCGCCACAGUCAUGGCCUUCUCCACCCUCACUCAGGCCAAACCCGCUCCAGCAGGCGGUGAGCCCGGCGGCUGGUGCGAAGACUGCGAACAAACCUGCCGAACCAAAAACCCGACCCGAGACGACUACUACUGCGCCUGCGCCAACAAAUACUGCUCGGCCCGAUGCGGAAAAUGCACACGUCCACACGCAUAGAUUCCUGCGAUGCUUCCGGACGGCAUUCCCUCCCGCUAUCGUGUAUGGAGAUGCUCCAGGUCUUGAGGGAAGAAUUCUGGUUACGAUCUUGCGUGUGAGGCAGCCGGUGUCCGAGCUGGAGAUAUGCGGUGGCUGUCAGAGGACGUUGUCGGAUCAAAUUCUGCUGCUUUCAUAGGGAAUUGUUGGUGUCGUCCAGAUUACGAUAUUCUUCUACCUGGAUUACCGGGAAACGGCCUUUUCGCUUUCCCUGGGAGGUCGGAGGGUAACAAAGUGUCGGAUUGGUGAACGGAUCGAGCACCCCGAUGUGUACUUAGGCGCAUGGCGCAAGCAAUUUGUCCCCAACAAUGAGAAGGUAGAAAUACGAACGUACGUCUAGAUCUUGUCAUCGUCGUCUGCGAAGUCCGGUGAAAACAUAGAAGACGGAGCAAGGACUGUUGUUUCCGGUCUUCUCGACGUCCAGAUCGCGUUUUGGAUACCCUUGC